GACUUGUUUCUCAAAGAAAACGUGAAUAUCCGAUGGGAAGAACCAUUUUAAAGUUUAGCAUUGGUGAUACUGAAACGGAUGAUCACAUAAAUAACGACCUGAAAAGUAAUGAAGAACCGGACUCCUUUAGUGGUUUAGAACAGACUGAUUAUUGUGUUUCUGAGGCUCUUGUACGGCAAUAUUUUAUAGAAAAGGGAGUUGUCUUACCAUUUUCUCAAGAACUCAUAAAAAUUAACUCCUUUAUCUCAGAUAGAUCAGAAGUAAAGUAUUGUGAGUGGUAAUUGUAGUAAAUAGUGAAGAGUCAACUUUUUAAAACAGAACAUUGUCUUUUUAAAAAAGACUAGCUUGGUUCACAAUUUACAUCCUUAAUUGUUCGAUUUUUAUUUUCCAUCUAUUUAGUUUUUUUUGAAUACAUAUAUUGCACACAAUAAUCUUUUAUUAUGACUCAUCCAAUGCGAUACCAAACUGGCGAGAGGCGAAUUAUUGGGAUAAUUGGCGAUGAGGACACUGUCACUGGUUUUAUUCUUGCUGGAGUUGGUGAUAACCGCCUAGCAAUUGCACAGGGAAGCUAUAGAACUAGCGAAAGCGAUUUGAAGCCGAAUUAUUUAGUAGUAUGUCCGUCAACUCCUCUAUCGGACAUUGAGUCAGCUUUUAAUUCGAUGUGUACACGGGGAGAUAUUGGUAUAAUAAUUAUUACACAGAAUAUCGCUAACGAUAUUCGGCACCUGAUUAAAGAGCACACUGCAGUUAUUCCUAGCAUUGUAGAGAUUCCAAGCAAAGACCAAAAAUACGAUCCUGAAAAGGAUCUUGUUCUUGAAAAAAUUAACCGCGCACUUGGGAUUCGAUAGUUCCGUUACCAAAUUGAUUUGCUACAAAUAUCCAUAUUUCACGAUGUUGAUUUGAAUAUAAUUCAUAGUUGAGGGGCUAAUAUGUUCUUUCAUCUUCUUGUA